CCCCGCCCCGCGACCAUGGCGCGGGUGCUGGUGGUGGGUGCGGGGCUGACGGGCGGCGCCUGCGCGGCGCUGCUGCGGGGGGCGACGCGGGAACGGCUGUGCGUGUGGGACAAGGCGCGCGGCGCAGGGGGCCGCAUGAGCACGAGCCGCAGCGCGCGGGACGCCGCCUGCACUGCCGACCUGGGCGCGCAGUACGUCAGCCGGCGCGCGGAGUCGCGCGGCAGUUUCUACGAGGAGCUCCUGUCUCACGGCAUCCUGGAGCCGCUGUCUGCGCGCAUUGAGGGAUUGGUGGAGAAAGAGGGCAGCUGUGACUACGUGGCGCCUCAGGGCAUCUCCUCCGUUGUCAAGUACUAUUUGCGGCAGUCCGGUGCAGAUGUCUUCUAUGAACGCCAUGUAACUCAUAUCUCUCUCCGAGAUGGGAAGUGGGAAGUCUCCAGCAAAAUGGGAUCACCGGAACUGUUUGAUGUAGUCAUUCUCACAAUGCCUGUUCCACAAAUCCUUCAGCUGCAGGGUGACAUUAUAAACAUAAUUAAUGAAAGGCAAAAGCAGCAACUGGAAUCAGCAAGCUACUCCUCCCGCUAUGCUCUGGGACUUUUUUAUGAAGUCGGUGCACGGAUUGAUGUCCCCUGGGCUGCAAAGUACAUCACCGAUAAUCCCUGCAUACGCUUCAUCUCCAUCGAUAAUAAGAAACGCAAUGUAGAGUCUCCUGAAAUUGGACCCUCAGUUGUAGUUCAUACAACAGUGACAUUUGGAAUAGAACAUCUGGAUUCAGACCCUGCAGAGGUGCAGGAACUAAUUCUCAGCCACCUGGAGAAUCUUGUGCCCUCCCUGCCCAAAGCAGCUAGUGUAAAGUGUCAGAAGUGGAGAUACUCACAGGUUACAAAAGCAGUGCCCAAUUGUUCAGGACAAAUGAUUCUUCAUUCUCAACCUCUCCUGAUUUGUGGGGGCGAUGGAUUUACUUGUUCCAACUUUGAUGGCUGCAUAGAGUCUGCCAUGAGUCUUGCAGAGACUGUGAGGUCUCAUUUAUAACUGUUGCAGUUCACUGCUAAACAUAGCCUAGAUUUAUGAUUAAUUUUUUUUAUGAUGGAUUGAAUUCUAGUUUAGUAUAAAAGCCACUGGUUUCUAUCUUGCAAAAAAUAAAGUAAUAAAGGAAGACCUAGCGGUGUACUGUAAUAAUUACUGAAAUGGAAUUUAAAUGAAUUUUCCAGGAUCUGUGCUGAGUGGUUACUUUGCUUGAUAUCUCUAGUCAAAGCCACUGAGUUCUAGCAGCUGUGCUUUCCAAGUUGGAUGGCUUACUGUAAGUCUAACCAUGUCUCCUGGUGUUGACAAAAUGCAAAGGAGGCAUUGUAGAUCUCUGCCACCCUGCUUUCUUAGCCUGCAGCUUUCUGAAGCCCUGGUUGCAGGCUGAUGGAAGAGCUCAUUACAAGAGAUUGAUGCUGCUGCUGGAAAUGAUGUGCCAUCAAAAUAGACUGUUGACCAUGUUAGAGUGACCAGUGCCUUGUGGCUAUGUGCUGGCACAGGCUCCAACACCAGGAACAGCUUUUUCCUCCUCCCAGGCAGUGGAGUAGUCAGGGUAAUUAGCAGCCAAUGUGGAAGGUGGCUUAGCUGCUUUCUCUGGCAAAUGCAGAGAAGGAGGGGAAAUAGUUGAAACGUAUUCCAUGAUAGCAUGUUAAUAAGAAAAUUAUGCUGACGUUUCCCAUUUCCAGUUAAAUCACCAGUGCUAUAAAAACUGAUUUAAAAUAAACAGUUUGUUUGAAAGCAGGGUGAGUUCUAGACAGCUCUAUACUUUUCUUUGGCAGAACAAGUGUAGAAAUGCAGCAGCAGGUCUAGGGAAGUAUAUAAAUACAGAUGUGAGUGAAUGAACAGGGAAUAUGAUUUGAAUUCCUAAAAUAAAAGAAAGCAAGUGUAACUGUGUCAAAAAUACUACUGGUCACAGUUUCAAGUAUUUCUAAGCUACUAAACAAUGUUCCUGGGAAAUCCAUUUUAAAAUUGCUUAGUAAUUAACCAAAGAAACCCUUUGUACUAAGUUUGAAUUUAUCUUGCCCUUUCUCCUAAAUCAAAUGUCACAAGUUUAGCAUUUCUAUGUACAACAGCAAUAAAAACAAAAAAAUACUAUUUUCCACAGGCAGAAUUUUAACCAUGCAUCCAUUAA